CAUGCCAUAGUUUCUCCGUCAGUUUAAAGUCCCCCGGCCCGCCAGCAAUCGGCGCCACAGUGAGCCUCCUAGAAAGAAGGUUAACAGCUUAGAUUAGGUAUACCCUGGGACUGUUACUCCUGUAGAGGGCUUGGACUGUUGCAUCUUAGUGUGAGAAGAGUGGUGCCUGAAAUGGAUUUGAUCGAGAUCUGUGUGCUGCAAACGAAUCCUGAUGUUGCUGUUGCAACAGAGUUGUUGUUAAGGAUUAUACAAUUAAGUUGGAUAAGGGUUUGUAUUCAGAUGUGAAUAGAAUGACAUGUGAAGAGACGAAGAAGAGCCCUUCUCUUUAAUGUAGAUGUAGCCAACUACAUUAAAGAUAUUCUGGAGGUUUCCCCGGGCAUCCACUGCGCUGGUGCACUCAAAUAUGAAAUCUUAGUUUUACCAGGACCAACUCUUGGUCCUGGUUGCCAUUUUUAACCAGGACAAGACAGUACACAAGAUGUUUUUUUUACUUCCCUACUGUUUAUUUGUAACUGCAUUUUGUCUAAGUGGCCACCAUGUUCAGUUUUUUCUUUUAACUGACUUUAAAUAUGUUUACAUAUAUAUACAUUUAGAUAUAUGUAAAUAUAUGUGUGUCUGUGUGUGUGUGUGUCUUUUACUUUCUGUAGGCAUCUGUGGAGAAUUGAAGAAAACAUUCAUUUCAGGGAUUUUUUUGUAUUUUGAUGUAUUUAAAUUUAUUCUGACAAUUUGUCCUCUAUUUGGAUAUAUAAAUAAUAAAUAUAGUUUAUAAACACAUGCUGUCACCAACUUCAUAUUAAUAUCAUUAUUUAUGUUGGAAAUGUGUUGCAAAUUCUAAAUCCAGAGGAGUCUUACUUUAGGGUAUCUGUGUUAAGGUCGCCAAUCAUAAUCACUCAUAACCACACGUAAGAUAACAGUAUUGAGAACACAAAAUAGUGCUUAACCUAAAACAUAUUGAUGUUGACACAUUGUGACUACCCCCUGCACCCUCUUUUGGUCAUAGCUGCCAAUACAUGGGCAGGGCUAGGCCUCAGUGUCCUAAUUACCUAAUUUACCACACCUGAGUCCUGAGGGGGUUAUAUAAGCCGGUUUGCACUCAUUCAGUGGGGCACCAUUUUGGUUGAUGCAGGCGCUGUCCUGAGUUACCCUGUCACAUGGGCACUUUGCCUUAUUCUCUUUGGUUCUACAUAGUCUCAGAUCUAACAUACACAAAUUCACCGCAUCCACUCACACACAAACCAUAUCUUGCAUUUCAACGUUAUCCCUAGACAUUUGUUUUGCCUUGUUUGUAGAAAGAGCAAAGGCAGAGAUUUUAUGACCCAAGACAGAGCCAGAGUGCACAGUGCUUCUUGAGAGCUUCAGAGAACAUGAUGUACAGCCUCACAGAGUGCAGGAACUACAAAGGGAUUUGUAGUUUUUUAAAUGGGCCUGAUGACGGUGCAACUGGCAGGUUUUACCUGUUCGGACAAAGGCCAACCAUGUCGUCGACAUAUUUAAUUACAUAUCCAAAGCCCACAACAUAACAUGACAUGACUUAUAGCUCUUCGGGAGCAGUUAGGGUGAGGACUGGAGUCAUGCUCAGAGACAACUCGGCUGAGGUUCCUGGGAUCAAACUAGCAACCUUCCUGAUAGAAGUCAACACAAGCAUUUACUCCUGAGUCAAGCAGACCCCGGGAUUGAUGGGGGGCCUCCUGUCACAUCAAUGUAGAUAAAAGCAUGUCAGUGUGCACAACUCCCCCAAUCAGGAUGUUGAGAGAGAGAAAGCAUACACAAAAGUCACGAUUCGAGAUGCACCUCAGACUGCAGGAACCUUCCUCUGAUCACAGGACUGACAGCAAGCACUGCAGCGGUCUCCUUUUGUAGCAGUUUUCUAAACCGAUCAUGGGGAAGACAAAGUUGUUGCUGGAUGUGGACACGGGUGUGGACGACGCCCAGGGCAUCAUGCUCGCCUUGGCUGCUCCCGACGUGCAAGUGCUGGGGAUCACGUGCACGCACGGCAACACAGCGUUGGAGAACUCGUGCAGGAACACACUCCGCGUGCUCAAAGAGUGCCAAAGGGGGGACAUCCCCGUGUACCGGGGCUCCGCGGAGCCGCUGCUGGGUCGCAUGAUGGACGCCAGCGACUUCCACGGCAAGGAUGGGCUGGGGGACGCCCCGGACCCACAGGCGCCCGGGCUGGACCAGCUGCAGGCAGAGGGCGCUGUGGCGGCCCUCAUCCGCCUGGUCACGGAGAACCCCGGCGAGGUGAACCUGGUGGCCACCGGGCCCCUGACUAACUUGGCCCUGGCAGUGAAGCUGGACCCGUCCCUGCCUGAGAAGCUGAAGGGCCUCUACAUCAUGGGGGUCUUCCAUUCCAGGGGCAACACCACUGUUUGCGGGGAGUUCAACUUUGUGGCGGACCCCGAGUCAGCCUUCAUCGUCCUGACGCAGUACCGCUGCCCCACCUUCAUCGCCAGCUGGGAGUUCUCCUGCCGCAACAAACUGCCCUGGUCCUUUUGUGAUGAGUGGCUGGCCCAGGACACAGGGAAGGCUCGCUUCAUGGGAAGGAUCUACAAUCACACCAUGGAGGUGGCGGUGUCGGUGGAGACGGAGGGGCAGUACGCGAGAGGCAUGAUGGUGCUGGACUACAUGGAGCUGCUGCCGCACAAACACAAGGCCACCAUCAUAAAGAAGGUUGACCAGGAGAAGUUCAAGGGGAUGAUGAUGAACGCGCUCAAGUAGAGGGCAACGCGUUGUGGAGCUGGUGUAAGAACAAGUCUGUGCUACCAGGGAUUACUGUUUGACGUUUUUUAUAUUUGAACAAUGUUACUCUUGAGGAGCAACAUUUGAAACAUUUGAAAACUACAAAUAGUUGUAUACAAAUUAUAUCAAUCCUGGUAAUGAUGUCAAAAUUGAAAAACGCCCAAGGUUGAUAUUCAGAAAUAAGAAUAUUUUGGAACAAGGUUUUACUUCAUGGUUCUGGAGGUCUUGUUUUGUUUAAAAUGAUGUCUUGUGUUUUGGGCAUAGACAACUACAGUAAUAGUUUUGCCAAGCGGUGUUUAAGUUAAACCAAAAAAAGAUUUGAAAACACACAAUCGGACUAGAAAUAAAACAUAUUUUAUUGAAAGCGCUUUGGAAUGUACACUUUUGUUGAGAGAGAAAGAAAACUGCUACCAACAGCUGA